GCGCGCAGUUGCUGACGCUGACAAUAUGGCUGCCGUUGAGUUGGCAGAACCGGGAUUGGGAUAGUAAGUGAGGGACGGCGGAAGAGUAACAACAACAAGUAGUAGCGCCGCCGACGACGACAAGAGUCGGCCGAGUAUUUGGUUGUCUCCGCUGUGUUUCGACCUCCUUCCUUCCUCAUUGGGUUACUGACACCUGUCCGAGAGGCUCGGGGCCUACGGCCCGGUGAGGGGGUAGGAAGCCAGGGACUCGGGUAACCCGCUGGCCGUCUGCUCACACCCGCCGCUGUUUAGCCAUUUCUCCAUUCCUCUUCGUCACCCCCAACUCCCCGCCGGCACCAUGUCCUCCUGGUUUGGUGGGAUCGGCUCGGGCCUGGGGCAAUCUCUGGGUCAGGUCGGGGGCAGUCUGACUUCCCUGACUGGCCAGCUCUCUAGCUUCACCAAAGACAUGUUGGCAGAAGGCGCCGAGGAGGUGCAAGAUGCUACCAGUGAAUUGCAUGUAUCCAAUUCCAGAUUGAAGGAUGUUGAAACAGCUUACUCAGCACAAAAGUCAGAGUAUGAACGGUUGAAGAAACUUUAUUCUGAUCUAGAAGAGAAAGAGGCAGCCGCAGAACUCCAGAUAAAGCAGCUAUCUUCGGAAUACAGAAACCAGCUACAGCAGAAAGAAGUUACAAUAAGCCAUUUGAAAGCCAGACAGAAUUCCUUACAGGAUCAAGUACAGAAGCUCCAAUCUGCUGCUCAGUCAUCGCAAGUUGCUGUUACCUCAAGUACAACCUCCACUGCCUUUCUGCCAGUAGAUAUGCCUCACACAUCCACGUUCCAUGGGGAUACCAUGGAUUUUGGAGAUGUAAUCUGGUCCCAGCAUGAAAUUAACAGGCUUUCCAAAGAGGUCUCCAGGUUGGAAUCUGAUGUUGCCCAUUGGAAAGUGCUAGCCCAGGCACCCAAGGGUCAAGGUUCAGACAGUUCUAGUCAGGAUGAUAAAUACAAAUUGCAAAAGACAAUCGAGGAGAUGAAGAAGCAGCUUAGUCAGGAGAUUGAUGACCAUCAGCAUGAGCUGUCAGCUCUGCAGGAUGCACAUCGGCAGAAACUAACCAACCUCACGCUCCGGCAUAGGGAUGAACUUGCAGAAUAUGAAGAACGGAUUGAGGAGUUGGAGCAGCAGUUACAAGAAGCAGGUGCAGACCAUUCAGUACUCCCUGAGGAGAGAAGGGCUCAGUCAGUAGCCAGUAAACAGUCUGGAGAUAAGCUGGAAAGUCAAGUUAAGACCAGGAAUGAGGAACUGGCUGAUGGCUUCCUCCAAGAGAACGUGAAUUCUUCAACAGAAAUAAGGCAACUGAAGGAAGAAUGCAAGAGACUACAGGAAGAAUAUAAAAAGUCACAGGAUUGUAUUGUGGACCUGCAGGGCAUUAUAGAGAAACAGGAAAAACAACUAUCAGGGAAAGUGGCACUGGAGGAAGAAGUGUUCCAACUAAGGCAAGCUGUUGCAGAUGCAGACAAUAAACUGAAGAGAUUAAAUAACACUAAUGAAGCUACAUAUAAUGGGAAGGAAGAUAUUCAAGAGCUGAAAGUAAGUCUGCAGUUGUCAAUCCACGAAAAGGAGAAAUUGCAAAAAGAAAGGGAUGCUAUCCAAGAGGAACUUUCAAAUAUGCAGGGGAAUGGAAAUUCUCUUUUGGAUCUGAACAAUCUGACCAAGGAAGUGAGUGAGCUAAGGCACAAUUUGUCAACAAAAGAGAGUGACCUGCUGGAGAUCUCCAUGCAGAAAGACACAUUAAUGUUUGAACUUGAAGAAUUGGAUAAGCAGAAUCAAGAAGCCACCGAGCAUGUGAUCACACUGAAAGAUCUACUGGCACAGCAGCGGAAAGAUUCUGAAAACCAGAUCAAAGAAUUGCAAUCAGAACUGGAGAUUGUUGCAGCAGAUAAGGCAUUCAUGGCAAAAGAGCUAGAGUCUCAGAGAGACAAGCUGAGUCAGAGUGCUUUUGCACUUAAUGAGCUGCAUAUGAGUAAGCAGCAGCUGGAGAUGAAGGUCAAAGACCUAAUGGAGAAGCUAAACAAAUCAAACACGCAUAGCUCUGACUUAAAGGCUGAAAAUUUAAAUCUUUUGAAGAAGCUGCAGAGUACUGAAUCACAGCUAUCAAUAGUCAAAAUGGAAUUAACGCAAGCUGUUGAGCAAGCUCCAAGCAACCAAGGUCAAGAAGAAUUGCUCCAAGAUAAAGAGAGAGAAAUUUCAGAGCUAAAGAAGCAGGUCUCAGAAAUGAAAUGUAUAAGUGAUGAGAUACAAACUGAACUGUAUGAUCUCAAAAUUCAGAAUGGAAAAUUGGCUGCAGAAAAGAAGGAAGCCACUGUAACUAUAAAUGAUGUGAAAGAGCAGCUUGAGGCAGCUACAGCCAGUAGAAGUGAGAUUUCCAAGGAGGGAGUCACUUUACUUGAGGCAUUGCGAACGGAGAAGGCCCAGCUGGAGUUUGAAUUGAACCAGGCUGAGAAACGAGUAACUGAAGAGGCGGCAAAAUAUGAGCACACUAUCGAGGAGAUAACAAAGGCUCGAAAUUUAGAUGCAACAGCUUUGCAGAAAGAGCAUGACCAUCUCAUUAAGGCUAACCAGGAGAAGGAUUUUAAGAUUGAAGAACUCAAACGCACUGUACAACAAUUGGAAAUCGACCAUGAAGAGACUAGGGAAAUGCUGAAAUCCACUUUGGAUGGACAGCAGCAAUUGACUGAUCUUUUGAAUGAAAAGGAAGUAUUUGUCAAAACACUCGAGAGAAGAAGUUCAGAGUUACAGCAACAAAUUGAAAAGAAUGCAAACAUUUCCAGAGAUUGCGAAUCCUUGAAGCAAUGUCUUGAAGAGAAAGACCGACAAUUAAGUGCAAUGAAAGAAGAAAACAACCAUCUCAAGGAAGAAAUGGAUCGCUUCCGGGACCAACAAAGCAGGCCUCAGCCUCCUGCUGAGCCCAAGACCCUUGAUAUAAUAAUCGAGCUUGAGACAGAGAUAACUGAGCUGAACAAUAAAAAGAAUAGUCUUGAAGAGGAAAUAAGGCUGCACAAAAAGACAGUUGAGCAGCAAAAGCAAAAUGUUUUGGAGCUUCAACGUUCUAUACAAGCACAAGAGAAAGAAGGGGAUGAAGCAAAAACACAGUGUCAAGAGAUUACUUCAAUGUAUGAAAAAAUAAUUUCAGAGAAAGAUGAAGAAAUCCACAACCUUCAGGAGUCUAUAAAUCAAAUGAGAACUCAGUUUCAGAGGGAGGUCCUAGUCUCUCCUGCAGAUGCUCCGGUCAUUCUCCAAGAAACUAAAGUACUAACAGUCAAUGGAGAGAAUGGAAAUGAAAAGCAUGAUUUGUCCAAAGCAGAGAUUGACAGGCUGGUUAAUGGACUGAAAGAAAAAGAAAUGGAGAUAAAAGUAUUAAAUGAAAAGUAUUUGUCUCUGAAUAAGCAGUUGGAUCAAUUACCCAUUUUUAAAGAUGAAGUGGGUAGACUAACUCAAAUCAUUCAACAGAAAAACUUGGAGAUCCAAAAGCUUCAUGCGCGGGUGACACCUGGCUCAUACAUGCAAGUUGGUGCAGAUGUGGCCUACUUGCAACAGCAACUGCAGGCUUAUGCAAUGGAGAGAGAGCAAAUGUUAGCAGUAUUAAAUGAAAAGACAAGAGAGAACAGCCAACUGAAGACUGAAUACCAUAGAAUGAUGGACAUUGUAGCUGCAAAAGAAGCUGCUCUGUUGAAACUCCAAGAGGAAAAUCUGAAAAUGGUCAAUAAGUAUGAGAAUGAAAGUCAAGACAUGGUACGGGAAACAAUCCAGAAUUUGUCUCGGAUUAUCCGUGAGAAGGACAUGGAAAUAGAUGCCCUUACCCAGAAGUGCCAAACUUUAGUAACUGUCCUGCAGACAUCCGGAAUGGGAUCUGGAGGCGAAUCAGGCUUGGUAAGCAGUAAUCAGUUUGAAGAACUUUUGCAAGAGCGUGACAAAUUAAAACAGCAAGUAAAGAAAAUGGAGGAGUGGAAGCAGCAGGUGAUCACCACUGUUCAGAACAUGCAGCAUGAAUCUGCACAGCUUCAGGAUGAGCUCCUUAAACUUCAAGGCCGAUUGUCGACUGAUGGUGACUGUAACUCUCGGCUUCAAAUAGACUACAACCGAUUAAUUCAUAGUUACGAGCAAAAAGAGAAGAGAUUGCAAACCUUAAGUCAAGAACUAGCAGAGGUCCAGCAAAGCAUUGGGCAGCUCAGCAGUACCAAGAACCUUAUACUUGGCAAGUUGGAUGGGGUACCCGCAGCUGGAGUAUUGCAAACACCGCUUUCUUGCAGUGGAUUCUUGUCCGAAGAGCAAUUUGACCAAAUUAAAAAACUCCAACAAGAGGUACAAUGUUUGAGCAAAAUAUUGGAGGAAAAGGAGGCCACAAUAGUUGAACUUCAAAAUAACAUAAAAUCCUUGAGCUCUCAGGCAGCAGACGCUGAAAUGGACAAAAAGGAACAAGAUGCUGCUGCCCUGGAGAUGAAACAUGUAAGGGAGAGAAAUGAAGAGCUACAAAGGUCAUUCAGGGAAAAAGAUCUGCUUAUUAAAUCAAAAAGUGAUCAGUUGUCAUCAGUGACAGAGAGCUUAAGGAACAGGGAAGCUGAAAAUGAAGUUUUGAAACAAGCUGUCACUAAUCUGAAAGAGAGAAUUUUGUUUUUGGAGAUGGAUGUCCAUAAAGUCCAAGAAGAGAAUGACCAAAUUGUAGCUAAAUCAAAAGAAAAAGAAACUGAAUUUCGAGCUCUGCAGGAGACUAAUAUGCAGUUCUCUAUGAUGUUGAGAGAAAGGGAGUUUGAGAAAAAUUCCAUGAAAGAAAAGGCUUCUGCAUUAGAAAAACUGCUAAAGGAGAAAGAAGAGGGAAAGACUGGUGAGUUAAAUCAACUGCUGAAUGAAGUGAAAUCAAUGCAAGAGCAAGCUGGGAUGUUUCAGCAUGAGAGAGACCAAGUAAUGCUGGCCCUCAAACAGAAACAGAUGGAAAACUCUGCGUUAGUGAAUGAGUUGCAGCACACACGUGAUAAGGAGCAGCGUUUGAACCAGGAUUUGCAGCGAUUACGACAACACUUAAUUGAGAUGGAAGAGUCAUACACCAAAGAGGCGUUGGCAGCUGAAGACCGAGAGGCUGAGCUAAGGAAGAGGGCUACUUUUCUGGGGGAGAAGUUAGCAUCCUCAUCUUCUGCUGUGGAAGAUGCCAGUAUAGGAGAUCACAGUUAUGGCCUGAGAGGUAGCUCAUUGGUCAUGCUGGCUCCUCUAAGCCCCACAUUUAAGCAACAUUUAAAAGAAGCCAAUGAUGCUCUAGAUUCUGCAUCAAGACUAGCUGAGCAGUUGGACCUUAAAGAGGAGCAACUGGAAGAUCUUAAAAAACAAGUUGUGACUCAACAGGACAUGUUGGAAGAUGCGCAGAGAAAACUGCUGAACCUAGUCAACAACAGUGAAGGUAGAAUUGACAAGGUCUUGAUGAGAAGUUUGUUUGUGAGUUAUUUCCAUACUCCAAAGAACAAGCGUGAUGAAGCAGUAAGGCUAUUGGGAAAUGUUUUGGGGUUAAAGAAAGAAGAGAUUAAAGAGCUGUUGGAUAGUGAGCAUCGUAGUGUUACUGGAUGGGUCACUAGUUGGCUUGGUGGUAACCGAGGUAGUGGAACACAAAGUUUCCCAAGUACGCCACAGAGACCAAACCAGCACUCGGGUUUCAACAGUUCUUUCUCGGAAAUGUUUGUUAAAUUCCUGGAGGUAGAAUCUCGACCUUCCCUUCCACCUCCAAAACUGCCAGUUUACGACAUGCACCCAGUUGGAGCCACAUCUGGAAGCAGCCAGCCAUCCAGCAGUUAUUCCAGCCGUACUGCAGGUACGUCGGGAGACGGUCCAGCGAAAAAAUCUGACUCUAAUCCUUUCUUGGCUCCACGAUCUGCUGCUAUCCCCCUCAUCACAUCAACAGCCUCCAGUGGUGUUGCGGCACCUCAUCUCCUCAUGAAACCAAUCUCCAAUGCUCUUCCUACCUUUACACCUUUACCAGUGUCUCCAGAUUCUAGUGCCGGGGCUGUACUUAAAGAUCUCCUCAAACAGUGAAAGAACUGGAGCAAACUACUACAGCACUUUAAAGUGAACUGACACUGUAGACUAUUGUUGCACAGAGAGGCUUUCUUCAGAGUGCACAAAGUCUCCCAAGUGUUAUUUACAUCUUUCAAAUGCUCUUCUUUAGUUAGAAAAGCUAAGUCUACUAAGAUUGCAAGGAUGCCAGCCCACAAUCCAACUGGAGAAGGUUCGGCCAAGAUGUAGAACACUUUCUGCCUCUCUAAAAGCCUAGCUAUGAAUACUUGUACUAAGCACACGAGGUGAGCAUUAUUACUGACUGCAAAUACUGAAUAUCUGGCACUUAACCAAGAUCUGUGGUGUUGGGUAAUUACAAUUCAAAAGAACUUUACAGAUGCUGCUGAGAUUCAGUAUCCUUCCAAAAUCCUAAUGGGAUUUAUCUGGUUGCAAUCUGUAUGCGGUAAUGGAUUUCCGUUUCCAUCCUCUCUUGAGAAAAAAAUAAAACCUCUUCAGUAGAGUCCCAAAGAAGUACAAAUGCAGUGUUGCAUACUUGAAGCCUACUAUAACUGGACUGCCUCUUGUAACUUAUUGUACUGUUGUAUGUGUUACCUGCCAUGGUAGUAAAUGGUUUUUUUCCUCGAUGUUGCUGCAUUUAACGAAGGUGGUACCGGCGGUGGACAAGCUUUGCUUUGGUUCGUUUUUCAUUUCUUUUUAGGAAAAGAAUGAAAUGGUAACCUCCACUUCCCCAUCCCCUCAUAUCCAGGAGGUUCAAGAGAUUGGUGGUGAAGGCUCUUAAUUUAAAAGAAAAUUGUCUACCAGUCUGCUCAGCAAUUGUGAAUCUUAAAUAUAAAUUAAAGCAUUGGUUUAAUAGAGGAUGUUUUGCUCUUCCUAUUGUGAAUGGAUAAUUCCAUAGAAAAUCUUUAGAAAUUUCCAGUUCUGAAGACAGAAGCCUUGUAAGUCUUUAGAAUUUUUUGUUUUAAUUUAAACUGUCAGCAAUCUGGCUGCAGGAAACUUGAAAUGUAUCUGCUCACUUUUCCAAUGGAGCCGUCUCAGCCCAGCAUGUGCUCCUGAUAGUUUUUUUUUUGGUUUGCUGGAUGGGUUUGUUUUGAGUAUUUCAAAGAGGCCUGAUGUUCAUAAGCACAACAGACUUUCAGUUGGAUCCCAGAUGUACUAAGGAUUUCUUUGAGCACCAAAAUUGGAAAAAAUAACUUCGGUACUUACUUCAACUGUACGGUAAAGGGUAGAAAUCCUUUUCAAUCGUGCCUAUAGAAAAUAAUCUAGAUGCGUUCGAUGCUGGUUAGUGCAAAGAGAUCUGUAAUUUUGUGCAGAUGUUGGUCUGGUGAUCUGUUACACCUUGUGUUAUGAUUCUGUUGGAAUAAUUUGUAUGAUUCUGGACCUGCGACUGUGGAGUCACGUCAGGCCUUUCUGUUGUACAUUAUUCUAGUUGCACUUCACUGUAUCAGUGAGAGUGACAGCAAUCACCAGCUUACAACAGAAUUCUUGGUAUAAAUUGUUUGCUGUUUCCACAGCUUGUGUUCCAUCUUAUAUAGUCUACAAAUUUAUAAUAACCAUUUGAGCUCUAAAUUAUCCAGAAUUGAUUUAACGUAUUACUAUUUGGUGUGUAAUAUUGUAGUUAACCUGAAGAGUGACAUCUCUUGGAUAUAUUAUAGUAAACUCUAAUUUUGUCAAAAAUAUUCAGGUUCAUUAUUAAAAUGAUUUAGGAAUUACUGUGUAUGUGUUAAAAUCGAAAAUAUUAUCAUAACCUAAGAAAUUAAUCCUCAGGAUUGGGAUUGGGUAUUUUUUGUGUUUUGUAGUUGAGUUAUUUAGCUUUAAAAGAGACUCCAAUUUGAGACUGGACAUGAAGUCUCCGUUUUAGUCUAUGAUGUAGUCCAGUUCGCCAAACACCUCGGGCUUUGUUCAAGACUGAAAAUCAAUGUAUUUAUAGUUGAAGUAGUCAUUUACAAACUCUUUCUCCAAAACUCAUUUUUAACUCGAAUAAUGCAAAUUAAUUGUAUUUUUCUUCUUGAGAUUUUAAAUUUAUCUUCCUUCAUUUUUCCUGAAAGUGUGGACUUAUUUUCUGGAUAUCAUUCCAUUGCUGUGGAAGGUUUUCUGUUAUUCUGAUAUUUUCUUAUUCAUUCAAGGGAUGUGCAUGUUGCAGCUUUUUUAAAACUGCAGCAGUUCAUGGUGGUUAGGUACAUACUGUAAGGAAGUGAAUCCUGAACAUCGACCCAGUGGUAAUGAAAGAACAGUGAUUUAUUUCGAAGUCAGCAUGGUGUGUGUCUUGGAGGGAAACUUGCAGGUUCUGCAGCCUUUGCGCUAAGCGGUAAAGGUCAUAGAUUUGGUUAUUGUUUAUUAUAUGUGAAUAUGGUGACUGUUGCAGUUUGGUUACAGGCCAUCUGCACUUCAGCGCUCUCAGUACUGCUCACAGAUUUCACCGAGGGUUGGAAUCUAUUUGGAUUUGCAAUAUGGAAUUUUAAUCAAAUCUGUCCCAGGAACUAGCGUCACAGUCCCAUUGAAUUUACACUUUCUUUGUUAUAUUAUUAGAUCUCAAAAUAUAAGAAAACAAAGUCAAUGAUAAACUAUUGUUAGGGCUCUUGUGCUGCAUUGGUAUUGUCCUUCCUUCUGGACAAGGAGGCCCAGAUUCAAAUCCCACCUGCUCCAGAGGUAUGUAAUAAAAUGUAUGAACAUGUUGAUUAAAAUUAUCUAAGGCUGUUGUUUCAGAAACGUAAUGCAAUAGUCCGGCUGAGCUACCCAGAAGAGUAGUGUGAGGCUAAUCUUUAUGUAGUAUUUGUUUCUUAAUGCAUCAUCAGCUUUGGAUUACAUCUUGAGCCAGAAGAAUAAUGUUUUUGGAUGUGCGCAUACGGUGCGUAAUAACUUCGGAAGCUCCAUCGCAUGUUGCAGUCAGUGAAGUAUUUUUGAACUGCAGAAUUGUUGAAUUGCAAAAAACACAAUGGUUUGGGCACAGUAAGUUUCCACAAAAAGACGUGAUAAAGGCAAGAUAAACUGUUCUGUGUGGUAGUGAUUGAAAGAUAUGUCAGGAUAGAGAGGUACCUUCCUUUUGUUUGAAAUAAUGCCAUGGGAUCUUUUAUCUUUAAACAGACUGAUAUUUCAGGUUUGAUAUUUCACUUGGAAGAAGACACUUCUGACAGUGCAGUACUCCUCAUUAUUGCAGUGGAAUGUCUGCCCAGUAUCUAGAACAAGAUUUAUAACUCAGAUGGAAGCAACUGACCCUUGGUUAACAGUUUUAAGGUUUAAACUACUCCACUUCAAGAGCACAUAUUCUAGAAAACAUCUAUUCAUUGUAUUCCUGAAGGAAUGCAGUACUGUUGGCGAUGUAAUCUUUCAGGUGAGGUGUUAAGUUUGUUCUCUCAGUAGGCAUAACAGAUCUCACAAGUUUGUUCUGGCCAGUGUUUAUCACCUGUUCAAUGUAAUUUAACACGACUGUUCACCAAAUCCUUUAUCUUGUUACUGUUUUUGGUACCCUGCUGUGCACAAUUUGCGACUGAAUUUUCUACAACAGUAAGUACAAUUCAAAAAGAGCAUCUCAUGUGCUUUAAAGCAUAUGGGAUAUCUGAAAAUCAUGAAAGGUGCUGCAUCAUUUCAGUAAUGAGAACAUUGGAUGUACUAUACCCAUUGUUUCACCUUUAGGUUACAGAAUGCAGGUAAAUGGCCUAAGCACUAAGUUAGUUGACCCAUCCAGGAACCCCAAAUGUUAUGGAGAAGUUGUGUUGUGCUCUUGUUAAAGGUACAGUGAUAGUCAUGCAGGGUAUUAAAACAUUGUUCUCUGUUUUCAAUUGUAGAAAAUUCAGAAUAAAGCUGUGUCAAAAGUGAAACUUAAUUUUAAUUUCAGAAGACUCAGACACCACUUAUGUUUUUUUUUCCCUCCAUCAACCAUUCUUUUAGCUUCUCUUUGAGACUGCCGUUGAGACACCAGUGUUUUCACUGCACUUUGCCCAUUGGAAAACAUUGGAUUUCAUUUUGAUGGCUGACAUUUAAAUCUGUAGAUAGGUGGAGGGUGUAUUAAUGUUGACCUGGGAGGCUGGCUUGUCCAGAAUAAGUGUGACACAAAGAUUAUUGUUCUUUCACAAUUGGACUUACAUUUGAAAUCUGUGCUAACUCAUGAAGUUGAAGUGACCUCUCCUAUUGACUGAGUAAGUUCAAUAUCAUAUGCAUGCUCUCCUACUUAAACAUAGCUAUAAUUUAAUAGCAAUCACUUAGUACUAACUUCAUUCUUGAAGACCAACAAGGAUAGCUCGGAGGUUGAGAGAGAUAGAAGAAUUUGCUAUAGUGAGGUGCUGGAUGCUGUGCUGAAGUCAGGAUUAAAGAAUAUUAUUUAGGCUAAAUUAAAACAACUUUAGUGCUAAUGAAGUUAGUGUAGCUGGACCAAUAUUCAAAUAACAUUGAAUACUUUGCUUAAAUUGAGUAUUGAUACACUUUUGAAUCCUAUGCUGUUGUCCAGGCUUUCAAGUAACUCUUUGUAAUAGAAAUAAGGUUAUUUUAGUCAUUUUAACCAUGCAUUUCAUGAAAUUGUAAAAGUUCUUACUCCCUUACUAAUGAUGAGGAAUCUUGGCUGGUUUGUCUGAUGCAGUUCUAGACCUAAGUUUAUAAAAUGCAGAUGAAUUCAGCUUUCCUGCAAAAAUGCGCAUAUGGAGCUUUUGUAAUGGAUCAGUGGAUAGCUGUAUUAAAUAAUGUGGUGCUGAACUGUGCUGACCCAAUUUGGCAUUAGGUAGCUCCAACUGCCCUCAGCGUCUGUCUCAGUGAAAGCGUGUACGUGCAGAUAGUGGGGGGGUCAUGAUUGAGUUUGGCUUGAAAUCCUUUUCCAUCCCCGCAUGAUCCAUCCAUUUACUGACAUUGCUACAGCAGUUCUGGCAUAGGAUGACUGCCCUUUUAGAUGAGACAUUGGAAAGGCGCAAACUUUGCUUAAGGGUGAUAUGCUGCCUUCAAGAUGAGAGAAGGAAGAGUGGAAAUUUUGAUGUGCUUUUUCUUUCGAUUAAUUUUGCAGGAACGUGAAUGUGCCACAAAACUUCAUUUCUCCUUUACGCCUUUACCUGCAUUUUUAUUCUAUCGAACUUGGUUUCCCUGUAAAAAUAGUUUUCACUUUUGAAUUUUUUCAGUUUCUAUGUGAGUAUGUUUAUAGUACACAGGCAUAGGAGUAAGCUGGUUUCCUUUACUCUGACAAUUGUACGUUACAGCUGAAUUAGAAAAGUUCAUUGUUUUGUUUUGUGUAUAACAAAGAAUUUAUGGGACAACUACUUUUAAAAUUGUUUAUAAAAUUUCCACAGUUGUUAAAUUUACAAUUUAAACGUGACAAUUUGUUUUUGUUUUGAAAUAAUGUUAAAAAAAUUACCUGUUCAUUCCAAUUAAUUUUCCUCUUUCAAAUCUGUUUAUCUUUAUGGUGUCAGGUAUGUAACUGUAAGAUGUCCCUGCCCAAAUGGAAAGAAUGUAUAUCAAAGUAGCUAGUGUGGAAAAUACGAAGAAAUGUAUUCUAUAUCUUUUAUUCAGUGUUGCAUUUGCUGUGUGCAUUUACUGGAGCAUAUCCUGAACCAAAUACUGUAACUUUUGUGUAUACAUUGAAGGCCAAAUUAAUGACUUCAAGAUGAUUAAAUUUUAGAAAAAGGCUGAUGGCAGGGUAAGAUAAAACAGUCCUCAUAUGGUUGCGGCAGCUUGAAUUUAUACAUCUUUUUAUAGUAAAGUAACCUGAAGUGCUUCAUAGGAGCAUUGAGUACAACUCAAAUCAAUCUACAUAGGGAAACAUUAAGGACAGGUGACCUAAACCUUGGUCAAGGUUGAUUUUAAAGGGCAUUUUAAAGUGCAGUGGCUGAGAGAGGGAAUUCCAGAGCUACAAGUCUAACCACCUGAAGAUAUCAUUGCCAGUGGUGAAGCAAUUAAAAUUAGGCAUGCCCAAAUGGCCAGAAUUGGAGAAAUGCGGAGGUGUCAAGGCUGUCGGAUUGAAUCCAGUUUGAAGUUCUCCAGUCUCAGGCAGUUGUGGAUUUUAUGUUCAGUCUGUACAAUUUACAUGAAUACAGCACAAAAGAGUUGGUUUGAAAACAAAUGGUCUGAAUUCAUGAUUAACUGGAAUGUAAAAUAUCACUGUUGAGGUGCUAUAGAGGGUAAUUGUUGUUUAAAAAGGGAAGAAAACUAGGGAUAGUACGGAAGGCAAAAUUCCCACUCAAAUGUUAGGAGCGCUAUCUGUAUCAUCAUAGCAGUUGAUCAGUGGUUUUCACAGUCACUGAAUAGUUGCAGCACAGAAGGAGUGAUUUUGACCCAUUUGUGUCCGAGCUGGCUAAUAAAUUGAGCAUCACACUUGGUGCCAUUCUCCUGCUUUCUCCUGAUACCCUCUCAUAUGGUUCCUUUUCAAAAAAAAAAGUCUAAUCCCCCUUUGAAUGCCUUGAUUGAACCUGCCUUCAUCAUGCUUCGAGACAGUACAUCCCAGAUCCUAACGACUUGGUAUGUGUAAACAAUUUUCCUUGUUUUUUUUAAGCUAAUUAGUUUAAAUCUCUGCCCUCCCGCUCCCUAUCCUUUCACGAAUGGGAACAUUUUCUCUCUGUUUACUUUGUUUGGGUGCUUUAUGAUUUAAUACUCAGAUCUCUACUCGGGCUUCCUUUCGCCAAAGUAAGCAAUCCCACCUUCUCCAAUGUGUCGUCUUAACUGAAAUUCUUCAUCCCUGGAAUCAUUCUCGUAAACCACUUCUUCACUCCCUCAAAUGCGUUCAUAUUUUUCUUAAAGUGUAACAGAGAGAAAAGGAUGCAAACUCCAGUGAGGCUGAAUUAGUGCCUUAUACAAGUUCAACAUAGCCUGCUUGUUCUGAUUUCUACACCCUUAUUAGUGAAGCCGAAGAUACUGUUCGCUUACUUGACUGCUUUUCAACCUGUCCUGCCACUUUUAAUGGCAUGCAGCCAGAUCUGUCUAUUCCAGCAUCCAUUUUAGCAUUGUAGCCAUCAUUUUGUAUUGUGUUCUCCAUGUUCUUCACAUCAAAAUGGAAUUUGCUUUUGAAAUAACUCCACACAGGCUGGUAUCCUAUCAUUAAGUCAUCCAUUAUUUACACGUGGGUAGUCUUUUACACUGAUCCAGCUCCCUUAGAGCCAGCUCCGAGUGUCAGGGAUGUCUGUUUUUAUAUUUUAGCCAGGGUUCACUGGACUAGAUUUACACCCCCAAUCAGGGAACUGGUAUUCUAAGAGGACCACUUGGCUGACUUUGUUUCAAUCACAACAGUUUUAUCUACUUAACUAAUAUAAUUGCUCAUUUCAGUAAGGAAUCUGGUGGUUGAUGUAACAAAAAAGUCUAGCAGUAACAACUUAGGUUUCUGUAAUGGGGCAUUGAACUAAAAAUGAACCGUUUUGAUUAAAGCCCCUGGGGGUCAUGCUUCCUCACUGCAUUGCUUUCUGUUUCAGUGCACGUUGUUGGGACUUAAGAAGGUGCAAGAGAGAUACUGAUAAGAACUUGUGUUAAGCUUGAGGAAUUUGUCACAGUCACUAAAGCCAGAACCUUUCCAUUUCCCAAAACACAAGCCUUGCCUUAAUGAGCUGAAAAAAAUACAAUAUUAAUUCUGCAAUACAGACCAGCUUACGUACAGUAUUAAAUCUUAAAUUUAAACUCUUUGUAAGGGAUUUGUGCAUUUUUUUUCUGUAAAGGUCAAGGCAUGCAUUACCUUUAUAGACUUAACAUUAGGAGAUAGCAAGAACUACAGAUGCUGGAAUCAGAGUCAAUGCAGUGUGGAGCUGGAGGAACACAGCAGGUCAGGCAGCAUCAGAGUAGCAGGAGAUACGAUGUUUUGGGUCGGGACACUUCAUCAGGACUGGGGCGGUGGAAGGGAGCUGGAAAAUAGAUAGAGGGAGGAAGGGUGGGGCUGCAUACCUCCAGCUCCACAUUGUAUUGACUCUGACUCCAGCAUCUGCAGUUCUUGUUAUCUCUGAGUGACUUAACCCUAGUGCGAAACCUAUUCCAAAGAUGCCCAGUUGUCUUCCUCCUUCCGGAAAUACCUCUAUCCAAAAUAAUCUGUCACCUUCCCACCUAUCUUCCCACAGCCCCCAUCCCUCCUCUCUCUAUUUAUUUUCUAGACUCAACAUUAUGCAAUUGUAGCAUAAACCCUAGUGCAUUUAUCACCAGAAGGAAUUGUUGAAGAUUAGUGAUAUUACUUAAUUACAACAAGAUCAUUCAUACCGCAGGCUUUAGGUGUUGUCAGUUUACAUGAAGUGAUGUUUUUACAAAACUAUUUUCCCUGUUUUCUCGCUGACAGCUCUUAGUGUGAGGUGCCAUAGUCUGCUUCUGAUAAUUGUGUUUUUAGGAAUGCAUAAUCUGUUCUAAUUUGUAUCUGAAGCAACUGCUGUUGCUAUUUUAUGAAAAAUGUAUAGAAUUUGUUAAAUGUAAAUUUGCAUAGUGUUGUCCAUACCUGCCACUGUUUUCUGAAUAUUUUGAUGACACUAUGUUUUUAUAUAGAACCAGAAGAUGGCUGUACAUACAGCAUAAAUGUAUAUCCUGACUGGCUGUAAAAGUGAAAAGGUAAAGUUGUGUUAGUCUGCUGGACCAUAGGCUGCUCUCUUGACUGGCGGUUUAGCCUGAGCAACACCACACUUCAGGCGAGGGGUGAGGUUGAGAAGGAUCGUCCUUUGUGGUAACCUCAGCUGAUGUGGCAAUUGAACCCAUGCUGUUGAUGUCAUUCUAUAUUGCAAACCAGUCAUGCAGCCAGUCAAACUAACCAAUCCGCUACUGGGGGCCAUAGUGAGGUAGUGGUGGAAUUUUAGUUACUCUACAAAUAAAACGUUGGGAACUUUUGAAACUA